AUGAAAGCUAUGGUUUGUAUCCUUCUAGAAGCUAUUGACAUUUUAACAUUGCUAUUUUUCAUUUCAAAUAAUUUAGACAACGAAACACCAUUACCAAUUAUGCGAGGAAUGGUAAUCAUUCCUCGUAUACCAAGUAUACGAGGAAUUGUAAAGGUAACCAAUGUAUGUUUCCUUGUAGACAUUAUUCGUACUCUUCUGGCUGUGGUCGUCCUGGCAACUGCUCGGCCAGAAAUCCUGGACUUCGAGGGCGAGGAUCACCAGCACCAGCAGGAGGGAGACGCCGGGGAGCACGUGGAAGGGUCUUACAGCUGGACGUCCCCCGAAGGCGAGGAGUUCCACGUCCAGUACGUGGCCGACGAGGACGGCUACCGGGUGCUGGAGUCGAACGCCGUGCCCGUGAACCACGACGGGAUGGCGGCGGACGGCAACCAGGGAGCCUUUGGCGAGGAAGAAGGAGAAGGAGGAGAACGAUAGACGUAGGAAGAAGGGAACGGAAAAGGACGGAUUGAGUGGAAGAAAAGGAGAAGGAAGAGAACGAUAAGAACGAAGAGGGAGACGAAGCCAGACACCGAUAGGGAGACAGUUCAUUAGAAUUUUCAUAAUUGCACGCGACGGCAAUUGCUCAAUUUGAGAAAGGCCGA